AUGCCCAUGAACUUGAAAGCUGCUGAUGAAAAGCGGUGGUUAAACAACAAACAAGAAGCAUCAAGUUUAAAAAAAGCACAUUUUCCGUCCCAAAGGAGACACAACAAAGCAUUAAAAUCCGACACGAAUAAUUUGUUGGAAGUGAAAGGCAAACAUAAAUCAGUUAGGAAACAUAAACAACGAGAAUCCCUAUGUUCGUUGUUUAGAUCCAUUCAGUAA